AUGGACAUCCUCCACUCACAACUCACGAAAAUACAGCGCCAGCUCGCGUUCGUCUCCGUAGAGCCCAUAAACUGGAAGCUCUACGUCCAAUCCUUCUCAUGGGCGGUCACUCUCUUCGAGUCCUAUCUGCUGAUCCGGCAGUACCCCCUCUACUCGAAGAAGGAGCCCCCAAAGGAGUUGGCGGAGCACUUUGAGCCAGGGGUGUUCGAGAAAUCGCAAAACUACGGCAAGGACAAGGCCAAAUUCGCGCUCAUUUCGGGGCUCUUCAAGCAGCUCCUCGAUUCCUUGAUGCUGCAGUUCGGGUUCUACGCCUGGUCGUGGACCGCUGGAGGGAAGCUGCUCGCGAAGUUUGGGUACGGGCCAGAAUAUGAGAUCCUGCAAUCCAUCGCCUUCGUGUUCACCCUUUUCUUCCUCUCCUCGAUCCCAACGCUGCCUCUACAAGCCUAUGGAACGUUUGUCUUGGAGGAGAAGCAUGGAUUCAACAAGACGACUCCCAAGCUGUUCGUCACCGACCUCCUGAAAGGAUGGGCGCUUGCAUUCGGCCUCGGGGCCCCCUUCCUGGCUGCCUUCCUCUCCAUCUUCAAAUGGGCCGGCGACCGCUUCGUGCCCUGGCUGAUGGCCUUCAUGAUCUCCUUCCAGCUCGUGAUGGUCAUCCUCUACCCGACCGUCAUCCAGCCGUUGUUCAACAAGCUCUCUCCUCUCCCCGAGGGCGAGCUGCGAGGACGUAUCGAAACCCUUGCGAACAAGCUCAAGUUCCCGCUGAAGCACCUCUACGAAAUCGACGGAUCAAAGCGUAGCUCACACAGCAACGCCUACUUCUUCGGCCUGCCAUGGAGCAAGCAUAUCGUCAUCUUCGACACCCUGAUCCAGCAGUCCAAGCCCGAAGAAGUCGAGGCCGUCCUAGCACACGAGCUCGGCCACUGGUACUACCUGCACCCCACCAAAAUGAUGUCCAUCUCCCAAAUCCACAUCUUCACCAUCCUCGCCCUCUUCCCCGCCUUCCUGCACGCCCCACCCCUCCUGCGCUCGUUCGACUUCCCCAAGGCCGUCGCAGCCCAGCCGCCCACCAUCGUCGCGUUCCUCCUCUUCCAGAUGAUCCUGACACCUCUUGAGGCGGUCGUGAGCAUCGGCAUGAACGCUGUCAGCAGGCACUUUGAGUACGAGGCGGAUCGGUUCGCGGUUGAGCUCCAGGAUCAGCUGGGUGAUGAGAAGAUGGCUGAUAUGGGCGAGAGGUUGGGCAGGGCGCUCGUGGCGCUGCACGUGAAGAACUUGUCCACGGUUUGGGUUGAUUGGCUAUACUCGGCGUACCACCACUCGCACCCCACCCUGACGGAGCGUCUGAAGGGCCUCGAGGCCUUCCAAGCCCAACGCGAAAAGAAGAAACUGUAG